GAGUAAACCCUAAUUUCCCCAAAUCGCAGACACUAUGAAUCUUCCAUCGUCAACAACACCAACCACGGCGACGUCAACCUCGCCGUCUUCUGAUUCAACAGAAACGAAUUUCACUGAAAGAUGCGACGAUUGCGGAAGCCGAGACUCCUGGGUCAUACACACUGUACGACUCCGUGGCACUCUCCGCUUCUUCUGCACACAUUGCCUCCUCCGCAACCAUCCGACGUCGUUUUGUCCUUCCUGCUUCGCCUUCUACGAUUCGUCUCCGCCGCAUCCUUCCCGCCGCGUCACUUGCUCCAAUUCCAAGUGCCACUCCUUGACACACAUCCAAUGCGCCGGCGACGCAAAACCCGCUUCUUCUUACCUCUGUCCUCCUUGCCGGAACCCUACUUCCUUCUCCUUCUUCCGCCUUAUUGUUGACGGAAACGGCUGUCGCUCCGUCGACAAAACUCUCUCGGAAGCCUUCUUAUGCGCCGCUAAGAUCGCUGCAUCUUCGAUGAACAAGGCUGUAAUCGCAGCUAAGUGUGAUGCUGACCGGAGAGGAAGAGAAGCUGCCUUGGCGAGGAAGAGAGCACGCGAGGCUCUUGAGCAUGUUGUGAUGCUCGAUGAGAAGGAGAAGGCAAGAUCGGUUAUGCCAAAGCUUAAAGAAUCUUCCGUUGAUCGAGUCAUUGAUCAGAAACCAAAAUUGAGUCCUGCAUCUAAUAAUGGUACUGUGAAAGAAACAGAGAGCUCUGCCACUACUAGUACUACCACCAAGAACAAUGGAAGCACAGAGAAACAGAAUCCGUCAAUGCAAUUGGCUAAAGUUAAGCAGGAAGCUGAUGCUUCUAGAUGAAACCUAUGUUCUCACUUCUCCGGUACCACAACUUGAAGCAGUUCGUCUGUCUUCUUCUGAUUCGAUCACAAAAUGUAGAUUGUAAGUUAUCACUUUUUUGGUUGUUCGAUCGAUCACUUCUGUGUGUAGGAAUCUUUGCAACUGUGAAACGUUGUUUCGUAAUAAUUUUAUCGCUCGUAUGUUUCUGCCUCUGACAAAAGCCACCGGUUUGUAAGUUGUAAACAUACUCUGGUGAUGGAUUAGCGCAUCUGACAAAGUUCUAGUCCAUACUGUUGUGAUAUGAUUUUUCACUGAUUCUUGAUUGA